AUGAGCGUGCCAAUGGUGACAAAGACCGUGACCACCACGGCGUUGGCGGCUAUGGCUCCUCCUUCACUUGAAGCUUUAGGCGACUCGUUUGCGCAAACAUUUGUUUAUUACUUGAACUUUUUGGGGAAGUUACCUGGAGGAAGCAUCAUAUUAAAGUACAUUAAGCUGUCGUAUAAAAAUGAUCCUAUUAGGUCGUUGUUUGAGUUGGCGUUGUUUAUAUUUGCCGUCCAUUACUUUUUGUCGUCCAAACGUAAGGAGAACAAGGCAGACACCAUUCGAUUCUCAGACAAGGAGAUUAAUGAGUUGGUGGCUGAAUGGGAGCCUGAACCAUUGGUGGACGAAGUAACCCCCAGAGAGAAAUGGUUGAUGAAAUCCAUUCCACAAAUCAUUGGUGCUAAUGGGUCCAAGGCUUUCAUCAAGGGAGUUGAUGGACCCGUAGUUAAUUUUGCUUCGUGUGAUUAUUUGAACAUGAGUGAACUGGAACGAGUUAGAGAGGUGACUAAACUGGUUAUUAGUUCAUCUGGAGUUGGGGCAUGUGGACCACCCAAUUUCUAUGGUUCUGCGGAUGUUCAUGUUCGAUUGGAAGAAGAUUUGGCUACAUAUUUGGGAGCAGAACGUGCCAUUUUAUAUGGUCAAGAUUUUGUUACUGCUGGUUCUGUAUUACCAUCUUUCUUAAAAAGAGGUGAUUUAUGUGUAGUUGAUUCCGGGAUCAAUUUAGCCAUUCAAAAGGCUUUGAUUGUGUCGCGAUGUGACAUCGAAUGGUUUGAUCAUAAUGAUCCUGAACAUUUGGAACAAAUUUUAAACGAAUUGAAACCAGUUUUAGACAAGCAAAAGAUAAGAAGAAGAUUCAUUGUGACUGAGGGGAUUUUUGAAACCUCGGGUGAAAUUUGUUCGUUACCUAAAAUUGUGGAAUUAAAAGAUCGAUUUAAAUAUCGAUUGUUUCUUGAUGAAUCCAGAUCUAUCGGUGUUUUAGGUCAGAAUGGUAAAGGUGUUGCUGAGCAUUAUAAUAUUCCUCGAUCAGAUAUUAAUAUUACUAUUGGUGCAUUAUCUAAUUCAUUUGCAUCAUCUGGUGGCUUUUGUGUUGGGGUUGUACCAAUGAUUCAUCAUCAAAGAAUCCUGUCACUUGCUUAUGUUUUCUCUGCUUCUUUACCACCAUAUUGUGCCAAAGUAGCUUCUGAAGUUAUUCAUCAAAUCUUGGAAUCUACGGACGAUGGUCGAUCAUCUUCUUCUAUCAUUAGUCAAUUACGUGAUAUCACCAAAUUCUCCUACCAAUUGAUGGAAAAACAUUUAUCGUCUGAACUUACUAUCUAUUCCGAUUCAAACAAUCCUCUGAUUCACGUUGGAUUGGCUCAGAAAUAUAGAGAACUGUUGGGGUUCCCCAAUUACUAUGGCAGUGCCCAAUUUUUAACCACAGGGAAACCUUCAAGAUAUUUGAAUGAAUUUGAUAAAUACUACAAUUGGGAAUCAUUUAUCUUACAGAAGAUCAUUGAUUUAACGUUAAAAAACUCAAAUAUUUUAAUUACAAGGUCAAAGUUGAUUUUAGAACAUGAAAGCUUGCCAGUUUUAGGUCCUCAUUUACUUAUAAACAUCAAGAGAACUACCACUAAACAGCAAGUGGAGGAUUUGGCCCAUGCUUUGGCUUCUUCAAGCAAAAAAGUGUUUGCCAACUUACAUAACAAUAUUGAUGUACUGAACUUGGAACGGGAGCUUUUAGACUACUAA